UGCUUUCAAACUCUCGACAGAAGAAUGCUUUAUUUUGUGUUUCACGCACAAAGCAAUACGCAAGCAGACAUGACACCAUCCUUGAAAGUCGUGCACAACUUUAACCCCAGCGAGGUUCCCGUCUGGAAAACGGCUGCAGCGCGUGACAUUGCGGAGCCUCUUUUAGUCUCUCUAUGUGUGUGUGUCAUUGUGGAUGAAAGGAUGGAUGGACUGAGGAGGACGAACCUCUGAGCCACAGUGAGAGAGCGCGCACACACACACGUCAGCUCGGGGAGGGCAAAGCCUGCUUAAGAUGCAGUGAAUGUGACGGCCAGUCCAGACAACAGCAGCGCGUGGACGGUGGAGAGGUGAGCGCGGUGGGGUGGGGGGGCAACAACGAUGCCAGAGGAACCAGAACCAGAGGAACCACAGGAAAAAGAGGAACUACAGGAACCAAAGGAACCACAACCAGAGGAACCAGAUCACACGUGACGAAAAGAAGAAGACACGAGAAAAAGACGGUCAGCUGGGUUUCCAAAAUACGCGCGGAGGAGUCGGAGGGGGGAUCGGAGAGAGGACUGAGGAGCCCUGGUCUAGGGUCUAGGGGGGUCUAGUGGGGGGGUUAAGAUGACAGUGGUGCCCGGAGAGAACCUGGAUGAGACUGUGGCACUGGCCGCGCUGUCAGCCCAGGAUGUGUACGACCCGGAGCGAGCCGACAACCAGGACUGCUGCGAGCGGGUCGUCAUCAACAUCUCCGGGCUGCGCUUCGAGACGCAGCUGAAGACGCUCGCCCAGUUCCCGUGCACGCUGCUGGGGAACCCGAGGAAGAGGAUGCGCUUCUUCGACCCGCUCCGGAACGAGUACUUCUUCGACCGGAACAGACCCAGCUUCGAUGCCAUCCUGUACUACUACCAGUCCGGCGGGAGGCUCCGGAGACCCGUCAACGUGCCGGUGGACAUCUUCAUGGAGGAGAUCAAGUUCUACGAGCUGGGCGAGGAGGUGAUCGAGAACUUUAAGGAGGAUGAAGGUUUCAUCAAGGAGGAGGAGCGGCCGCUGCCAGCCAACGAGUUCCAGAGGCAGGUCUGGCUCCUGUUCGAGUACCCGGAGAGCUCCGGACCCGCCAGGGGCAUCGCCAUCGUCUCCGUGCUCGUGAUCCUCAUCUCCAUCGUGAUCUUCUGCUUGGAGACUUUACCGGAGUUCCGGGAGGAAGCCCGGGUACCGGACGAGCAGCUGCUGGCGGUGAACGGAACCGCGCGCGCAAAGAAGCCUAACCCGUUCACUGACCCGUUCUUCAUCGUGGAGACCCUCUGCAUCAUCUGGUUCUCCUUCGAGCUGCUGGUCCGGUUCCUCGCGUGCCCGAGCAAGCCCGCGUUCUUCAAGAACAUCAUGAACACCAUCGACAUCGUGGCCAUCAUGCCGUACUUCAUCACGCUGGGUCUGGAGCUGGCGGAGCAUCAGGGCAACGGACAGCAGGCCAUGUCUCUGGCCAUCCUCCGGGUCAUCCGUCUGGUCCGGGUCUUCAGGAUCUUCAAGCUCUCCAGACACUCCAAGGGGCUCCAGAUCCUGGGAAAGACCCUGCAGGCCAGCAUGCGGGAGCUGGGACUGCUCAUCUUCUUCCUCUUCAUCGGAGUCAUCCUCUUCUCCAGCGCGGUGUACUUCGCGGAGACCGACGACCCGGAGUCCGGUUUCAGCAGCAUCCCGGACGCCUUCUGGUGGGCCGUGGUGUCCAUGACUACGGUGGGCUACGGGGACAUGUGUCCGGUCACCAUCGGAGGGAAGAUCGUGGGCUCUCUGUGCGCCAUCGCCGGCGUGCUCACCAUCGCGCUCCCGGUGCCGGUCAUCGUGUCCAACUUCAACUACUUCUACCACCGGGAGACGGAGCACGAGGAGCAGUUCCAGUACACGCACGUGACGUGCGGGCAGCAGCAGCAGCCGCAGUUUGGAGACUUUAACCAGAGCGACAGCAAACCGUCUCUGACCAAAUCCGACUACCUGGACAGCGACAACGCGGACUCCAUCAAAUACACCAACUGCAGCCCGCACAAAGCGCCGUACACCGGGAAGCUCACCGACGUCUGAGAUGGACCCCACGUUUACGCACCGGUGGCGCGUAGAGGAGAACCUUUCAGUGCCAUCAAACAUCCUGCACUCUGGUUGGAGUUCAGACUGGAGAGCUCCUCAUUUCUGCCAUCAACGGGAUUCAUUUAUGGAUUAUCAUUCAUCCCCUGAAACGGUCUUCCAUUACGCGCGUCAUGAGUCAGGAGAAAUGAUCAGCCUUUAGCCAGUUGUAGCACUUUAUUGUUAUUAUUAUUAUUAAUGUCUCUCUUAGUAAAUGCGUAAUUUAUUGCCAUAAUAAUGCAGGUUUAAAGUUUACAUUUGCUUUUUUUUCUGUCUAUCUGAAGCAACACAGGACCAAUUUAAUCUAAAUAAGAUGCAGCACAUUCUCAUGUGUUUUCAGCUCAGUGGUGAUCAGAUGAUGUGGAAGAAUCAAUUCUACUAAAAUUAAACAGUCCAAGGCUCCAGAAGGUUAAAUCCUCACUUUGUUAAAGCAUUAUGAAAAUCAGCUGCAGCUUUUUUUCCCCCCAAACCAACAGCGCCACAGUGUGGAUGAGAAGCAUCCCCGCAUCCCUCUGCUGGAUGCAGUUUCUAUAGCAACCUUCCAGACUUUUCUGUAUUGUCUGCCACAGGACUGAAGGCUGUGAAGACGAGACUCAGCGAGGCCACUAAACCACCAUGUUGUGGAAGCCUCCAUGUUGUUUGAUUUCACCAGCUGAAUCAUUUCAACCUUCACAGUCCAAAAUAUAAAAUAUAACAUAUUAACAGCCAGUUACACGACUUAUUGUCCAUGCACCUUAGUCACACAGAAUAUGAUCCAUACUGAUGGUCCAAACUGAGCUGUAACCAGCCAUUACUCUGAUCAUCUGUUAUUUUAGGCUUAAAAUAUGUCAGAAAAUAACAUCACAAGUUCCCAGAGACCCAACAGAAGUUCUAAAAUCGUGUAUUUUUUUCAGCCAGAAAAACACAUGUAUAAAAAAGAAAGGAAGCCGUCCCAUUCAAUAGUUUGUAAAAAAAAAAGAUGUUUUAGAGCUCGACUGAUGCUGAAAUUUUGGGGCUGAUUUAUACAAUACAGACACUGAUAUUUACUUAUUUAAAAUCUCAGCAACAAGUGCUGUGAUAAAAAGCAGAAUAUUUUAGCAAUGAAAAUUAUUUAAUGAUACACUUUCUUAUCAAAAUUGACAGUAAAAGAACAUUUUGAACAACAAAAGUCACAGGAAUUAGCAAAAAAGAUAUAAACAAAACACAAAAAAACAACAACAUAUUAUACAGAAAUGAAAAAAAAGAUCAAUUCAAAAAAAUGUAGCCAAAUUUUGCCACUUUUUGUUGGCCAAGUACGGAAGCCAAAAAAGACUGAAAUCUGAAUCUUUGGUAUUUAAACUGUGAUUGAAUUUCAAAAUUAAGUAUUCACGUUAAAAAUUCAUUUUCUUAUAAAAAAUGACAGUAAAAGAAAAUUUUGAAAAGCAAAACUGGAAUUACUGGAAUUAGCAAAAAUUAAAUAAACAAAACAAAAAAAACAACAAAAUUUGAUACAGAGAUGUAAAAUAAGAUCAAUACAAAAAAACGUGUUGCCACUUUUUGUUGUAUAUAUUGACCCGAUAUGGCAGCCAAAAAAAGGACAAAAUCUGAAUCUUUGGCAUUCAAAGUAUAUAAGUAUUCAUGCAGUUUCUUGUAAUGUUGAAAUAUAAAAAAGAGUAUAUAAAAAGAGAAUUCAAACCACAUAAAUCCAGAUAGCUAGGUUUUCAAAGUAAAAUAUUUACAUUCAGUUGUAUUAAAAAAAAAUUACAAUUAAAAUUAUUUUAUCACCUUUUUGCUUCCAUAACAAAAUGCUGACACUGAGACCGAUAUUUCUUUGAUCAGGUGAUAUCAGCUGCUGAUGUAUCUGUCGAGCUCUAAUGUUUUAACUUUAGGAAAUGCUUAAAAUGCACAAAUCAGUUUAAGCAAAAAUACAAUUUUCUGUCUCAAAUCGAUAAAUAUUUUAGCACUUCCCCCGAUAUUUACACCAACAGGUCGCCUGCUGUGUUUGAGGUUUCCAUAAUUAGCUCCGUCAUUAAAGCACCUUACUCAUCUGGACUCCAGGGACGAAUCACUCAACCAAACCUCAUGAAAAAAGGGGAAUUUUUGAACAAACUGAGGGAAUAAAAAUGGUCCCAGCAGACGUCCUGUUGGAUUAUUAGCUGAUGGAUUGAUGGAUGGAGGCCUGAUGGAGUUUAACUGCUGAAUCAUCGACACACAGACGGACGGCCGGACGGCUCUUCAACUCAGACGACUAACGGAUUCAUAACUCCGGAGGGCUGGUCACACGGAGAGGUGAAGAACGAUGAGCCGCUCCUCCACCUCGUCAAACCAAAAGAGUACGACAUCCAUGCUUCCCCCACCCCUCCUCUUCCUCUUCGUUAUCCUUCCUCUGAUGAAGGUGAAAUAAAACUAACUCUGGAUAAAAACACUGACACUCAUGGGAGCUAUGAGACGCCUUUCCAUUACAAGAGGACAUCCUGACUGAAGCUACAGUCGGACUCUGAGGUACGACAAACGUUACUUGAAUCAUCUGAUAUUUACAACAUGGAGUCCUCUGCAUAUUCUCGAGUAGAUGUUUUUUGGGAGAUUGCUCCUGUUGCUGUAGAGACUUGUAAGUCCUGUCUGUACGUUGCAUAUCAUAUUCAAACCAAAACAUAUUAUUGCAUGCUUGGAAAGUAGAGCAUGUAAAGAGAAGAAAACAUGUUUGUGUUGAUCUGAAACACGGGAACAACAACAGCAGCUCAUCGAUAUAUUGAAAUAAAUCUGUUCGACCGGUGGAGUUAGUUGCUAAAUCUAUAUUUUUUAAAGUAUCAUACUGUAUAUGUUUUAUAUGGAAAGGAAUUGGUUAAUUAUUUUGUAGAUUUUUAACAUUUUUGCUAUUUUGUUUUUUUUCAUUUUUGCCUUGGUAAAAACAGCUCCAGUGGGCAGCUCUGAUGAAAAAUGUCUGCCUGCCAAAAACACUUUAAAAAAGCCCCAAUAACAAGAAUGUUUGUGUGGAAAAUUAUGAAAAAAAAGACAGUUAAAAUGCAUUUAUUGCAGACAUUUGACAUCUUUGAAUAAUUUUGAAUGUUUCUGAUUGUGUUUGGGUUUUGAUCAGAAUGCUGUAUAUCUGUUAUUAUUGAUAACAUCUACCUCAGUGUCCGCUCAUUAACGACAGAAGCUUUAACGACGUCGGUGUCCCGUUAUCUGUCAUCACACCUGGAUUGAGUUUAUAAAUGUCUCUCUAUGUAUCUGGGACAAUUAAAUAACCCAAACGCUCUAUAAACUGCCAUUUGAUAACUUACUGAAGUCCCAAAAAAUGCUAAAAAUGCCAGAGGAAAUGCAUACAAAACUAACUAUAUGAAGCCUUUUAAUUAAACAUCCAGUUUAGAGCCUGACAUCAUGAUUUUCUUUGCACAUUUUUUAUUUAUUGGUGAAAUGAUCAGAAGUGUGUGUGAGCGAGUGUGACUGUUUUUAAAUUAUUUGUUGAUUUAAGGGCAAUAAUGUAUGGAGUGGGUCAGCCUGUCUUAAAAAUAACCUGCUUAACCUAAAACAGUUUAUUAGUUUGAGGCUUUAAUGGAAGCGGAUGGACUAAAAUGCUGUUUCUGAGAUUUUUCCACCAGUCCUGGAGGUGACGUUUAAUUCCUGUAAAUUUCAAACACAAAAUUGGUGAUUUGUGAGAAGAAUGGAUGACGUCAGAUGGAUACCAGUUCAAAUCCCCAGUAGGGAUAGUUUCCAGGAUGUGUUUAGCUUAGCUUAGCACAAAGGAAAACUGCUAGCCUAAAACGUCCAACAGCUUAAAGAUGUCUGGUUUACGCGGUUUUCGGAUCAGUUAGCGCUUCGGAGCUAUUUGGUACUAUACAAUGAAAAUGUUUGAAUUAUAAUACAGACAUUUUCAUUCUUCAUUAUUAACUUCAGGCUUGUCACCAAAUUGUUUCAUUUUCAUGCAAAAAUAAGAAAAAGCAAUAGCGUGACUGAUUACUGGGAACUUCAGUGUGAAAGCAUUUUUGAUUUCUUUCUUUUUCUUAUUUCCAGUUCUUGUUGCCAUGUUUAUUUUGACAAUCUUUAAUUGUGAUCUAUUUUUGAUAAAAUAAAUCUUUUAUCCUGAUCAGUUUCUAUCUUCAUGUGUUUCAGACGACUGCACAUGCAGAUGAGUCAUUUUCUGUUUCUUGUGGGUUUUUUCAUGUUUCAUAGACAUUUCACCAUGACGGCAAGGUUGGAUUUACACUAUGUGUUUGUGGUGUGUGUAAAUGUGUGUGUUGUUGGGAUUAAACAUCAUCACAUCUGGAUCACCACCAUCCAUCCUCUGGUCCCUCGGUGAAUUGGUUAGUGGAGAGAAAAGUUUUAAAGUCUAACUGAAAUUAAAUUGUAUUUUUGAGGGCUACAGCAAAUAUACCUGUGUUCUCCUUUGAGAAUAAAAAUCAAAAACCAAAAGGGAGCUUUAAAUUUUAUAUUUUUUUGUUUCAUCAUGGCGCCCCCUAGUUUUACAUUUAUUCAACACCACUCCCACGUUCUCUACGGUGUAACACCGACACUCUCGUUCUCUACGGUGCAACACCGACACUCUCGUUCUCUACGGUGUAACACCAUCACUCUCGUUCUCUACGGUGUAACACCGGCACUCUCGUUCUCUACGGUGUAACACCGGCACUCUCGUUCUCUACGGUGCAACUCUGAUACUCUCGUUCUCUACGGUGUAACACCAUCACUCUCGUUCUCUACGGUGCAAUACCGACACACUCGUUCUCUAUGGUGCAACUCUGAUACUCUCGUUCUCUACGGUGUAACACCAUCACUCUCGUUCUCUACGGUGCAAUACCGACACACUCGUUCUCUACGGUGCAACACCGGCACUCUAUCGUUCCCUACAGUGCAACACCGACACUCUCUCAUUCCCUACGGUGUAACACCGGCACUCUCUCCUUUUGGCACCGGCGACUGACUAAAUGUAAUUUCAGUUGGACUUCAGAUUUCAAGUUUAGCCUAUAUCUCCUCGUCAUAUUGUGACACAACAUUUCUCUUUUUACUUUUGGUAAUAUACCGUAGGCAUGACCCUUUGCCCACUGUCAUCACCUCUCUUAACUGCAGUUUGUACAUCACAAUUACAAAGCCUGCAUCCAAGGGAGACUUUGAAGGAAAGAGUGAACCUCAGUCAAAUAAGAAAGAAUCACAGACUCAACAUUUAAAUGUACAUCAAGUUUUGUUUGCUUCAGUAUACUGAAGGUAACAGUCCGUGUUGUUUGGAAGGAAUAUGGACAUGUCAUCAGCAAAAUAUGAAAGUAGGUUCAAUCCUGAAAGUUUUAGUAAUAUGUUUUUAGUUCUUUGUAAUAUAAUGACUGAAUUAUUACAGUCAAAUGAACAGUUACAAUAAACUUUAACUGAAGAUUUCACCCUUGUAGGAAGAAAUUAUCUUAAAAAUAUUGUCCAAUAUCAACGUCCUAAUAUUAAUAAUCUACAGAAUUGAACAUUUAUUUUGGGGGACAAAAAUAUCUGAUUGUAUAUUGACUAUAUAUCCAUGAAUUUGUAAAGAUAUUUAAAGAAAUGCUCAUAUGUUGAUUUACAUGUGGCAAUGUUUAACCAUAAAAGAGCUGGUCAUUCAAAUAGAAACAGAGCUAAAGAAUAUGGUAAUCAAUGGCAAGGAUUGAUUGUUACAGCUUUGCAUUUCUUUGUUAAACUAAACAUUCAUUAUGGAAACUAUAUCAAUGUCUGGAGGGAUGUAGAGUUUGGAAUUGAAAUGCUAAGUUGUGAAAUGCUUCAUAAGUUUAACUGCAUAUCAAUUUAACCAGCAUAUGCCACAUAUGCAGUUACCACAUUUAUUCAUCAAUAAGCAAUAAUGCAUGAAAAGUUCAACAUCAUCAGCAAAAGGUGAUUCGUCUGGUUGUUCAUGUAUGUGAAUAAAAAAGUAUAAUAGUGCCUUAAUCAUAACCUGAUUCAGUUAAAAAAAUGCAUCUGUACCAUAGAAGAAGAAAGUUAGUAUAUAUACAUAUUAGCACGGUAGAGAGGCAAUCGGCUGGUUGCACAUAGAAAUUAUGUAAAUUAAUGUAUUGAAUGUAAAGUAAGAAGUCUUCCUGGUUUGUGUUUUGAGAGGAAACAAAUAUGAAAAAGUUAAAAGAAAUCUCUCCAAUUCUUUGGAAGCUCAGAGAGGAUAUGACUACUCAUAUCCUGUCAUGUCCUUGAAAAACCUGAAAAAAUAUAAUUUUUUCAGGUUUUUGGGUAAUCUUCUGAUAAAUAAUGUGUUUUAAUAAGGUAUGAGUAUUUUCUGAAUAAUUUUCUGCACCACAAAUUGUGAUCACAAGAAUAAAGUAAUAUUGAGAUUACAGGACAAAAAUUGCAAUCAUGUCCACACUGAGCUUCCUUAGUUUAAUUUUCGGUUGACAUUCCUCACCAGACUAACUACAGUUUUUGUUUGGCGGCUCAUGAGAGUAAAACUGUGAUGUUUAUCAUGUCUUUACUUUUCACAUUUUUUUUUCAUUUUAGGGUGCUAAAUAGUGAUGUUAGUAUUGUUACUGAAAACUAAAACAAAGUGAAAGUUAAUUAAAAUGAUAGUUAAACAACCUGCAACACUAACACCAGAUUUCUCUUUGAAGAACAUAUAUAAACGCAUCUUCAGGGACUUUUAUUAUCGCAUUUUGUGUUUUACAAACUGAGCUAAAUAUACAAUUUUAAAGUUCAUUAUUCAGAAGUCAAAAAAUAUCAACUCAAGGUCCACUUACUAGCUUUUUUCAGGGCUUUCAACAGCGUAUCUUAGUAAUAAAGCUCUGGAAAAAGCUGGUAAGUGGACUUCUGAGUCUAUAGAGUGAAACAAGACUGAGAGGAAAAUUGCAAAAGAGAAGUAAAAUAAUUAUCAUAUCACAGACCUUUACCGGCAUGAGUGUAAUAAAUGCAGUCCUGUAUUCAUUCACUGAACUGUGUGUUUAUCUCAUAGUGUUAACAGCUGAUACAACCGUGACGAAAAUAUUUCUGUCUGCGAAACCUCAACUUGUGUCCUCAAUGUUUAAAAUCUGAAAUAAUAUUUUAUUUUGAGUGUUUGUAUGACAGUUAAAUAACAGAAAAAUAAGUCUUUCAUAAUGUGAAAUAUGUUUGGCUUGGGAUCGUACAUACUGUAUAUGCACAACGGAGUCAUUCUGGAUAGUUGUGACUAAGUUUAAUGUGGCCUUUUCUUUCUCUUUAAUGUACUGCAAUGUUGUAAAUUAUUUGUAUAAUAUGACAUAAUGUAUAUUAAAGUUAACAAGGCUUUAUGUUUCUACCACCUAUGUUUAAUAAACAAAUGAACUGUG